GUAAAUUGUAACGACGAGGACCGGGGGGUGCUGGCGGGGCGGUGGGACGACCACUAUGAAGAUGGGACGAGCCCGAUGGCCUGGAUUGGGAGUGUGGAUAUUCUCAAGAGGUGGAAGGAGUUUGGUUGCCAACCAGUCAAGUACGGCCAGUGCUGGGUCUUUGCUGCCGUGGCGUGUACCGUCAUGCGGUGCCUGGGCAUCCCCAGCCGGGUGGUGACCAACUACAACUCGGCCCACGACACCAAUGGCAACCUGAUCAUCGACCGCUACCUCAGCGAGACAGGGGAGGAGGUGCGGCGCUCCAGGGACAUGAUCUGGAACUUCCACUGCUGGGUGGAGUCCUGGAUGGCCCGUCCAGACCUGGAUCCCAGCUACGAUGGGUGGCAGGCGCUAGACCCAACACCGCAGGAGAAGAGCGAAGGGGUUUUCUGCUGUGGGCCGGCCCCUGUCAGAGCCAUCAAGGAGGGUGACCUGCAGCUGAAGUAUGACCUCCCCUUCAUCUUCGCUGAGGUCAACGCCGACGUGGUGUACUGGGUGGUGCGGAGUGACGGGUCGGAGAAGAAGAGCACCCACUCCUCGGUGGUGGGGAAGAACAUCAGCACCAAGAGCGUGGGCAGGGACAGCAGAGAGGACAUCACCCACACCUACAAGUACCCAGAGGGGUCUGACAAGGAGAGAGAAGUGUUUGCGAAGGCUGAGCACGAGAAGCGCUCUGUCCAGGAGGAGGAGGAGGGGCUGCACCUCAGGAUCAAGCUGUCAGAGGGUGCGAACAACGGCUCCGACUUCGACGUCUUCGCCGUCAUCACCAACGGCACAGACACCGAGCGAGAGAGAGUGCCCCUGCGCAUCCUGUACGAGAACUACGGGGAGAACCUCACCCAGGACAACAUCAUCAAGGUGGUGGCUCUGCUGACCGAGUACCAGACGGGUGAUGUCAUUGUGGCCAUCAGGGACAUCUACAUCCAGAACCCUUGGAUCAGCCUGGUGAACCCCCUGGCAGUCCCCCUGAACAACUGUGUGUUCCUGGUGGAGGGCACCGGCCUCACCGACGGGCAGCAGGUCAAGGAGCUGUAA